CCCUUGAAUAACAUUCUUUGUUCUUUUCCAGACUCUGUUGGAAAAUCCCUUACUACAGAUUCAAAGAAUGGGCCCAUGCCUCCUCCAUCAAUGAAAGUACCGCAAGUACCAGCAGUUCCUAAGUUUGAUUGGUUCCAAACAAAGACUACAGUGACUUUAGUGGUGUAUACAAAAUGGAAGUCCAUGAAGUCAGAUUUUGUGGUUAUAGACUAUUGUGAUAACAAAUUCCUAGCCUCACUCUACAUAGAAGAUUAUAUUUACUAUUUACAUAUAGAACUUGCAGAGGCAAUAUCAUUAAACUAUGAAGUCACGGUCAUCAAGGACACAGGAAAAACAGAAAUUGUACUCUCAAAAGAGAAACCUGACCAGCAGUGGUCAAACCUGGGCAGACACCUGGAGAAACACAACAAAGUGGUCAAAGUCAAAAACCAAGAAAUAGAUUACAGGACAUGUACUGUUGUCUCUGUAUCUCAAGUUACCCAUGAUUCCAAGUUGUUAUGUCUGUCACUUCCUACUGGAAGCAGAAUGUGUGUACCUAUUGGAUACCAUGUCCACAUCAAGCAUAAAGUCUCAGGAAUGGAGGUGGUUAGGAGUUAUACAGCUGUUUUACCAACCUUGACCGGGGAGCAGGAUAGAAGGGUCAAGGACGGUCGAGUCCUCUACCUGAUGAUCAAGAUCUAUAAAGGGGGUGCACUCACUCCCUGGAUUGAUUCCCUUAGUACAGGUGACCUUGUAGAGGUCAGUACAUUUACUGGGGACUUUGAUGAGCAGCGUCUGUCUAUGUGUCAGGAUUUAGUGAUGUUUGCUGCAGGAACAGGUUUUACACCAAUGGUUCGCAUCAUAAGCCACUGUAUAGAGGACCCUAAGUCAUUAGUAAAUGUUAAGUUAUUAUUUUUCAAUAAGAAGGAAGAAGACAUUCUGUGGUAUGACCAGCUACAGUCUUUAGCGGAGAAGCAUGAUAGAUUUUCCGUUGAGUACAUUCUGUCUGAGGCCAGUGACAGCUGGCAUGGUAGAACAGGAAGGAUAACUCUAGAUCUUAUGAAGACCUCAUUACCUCAAGAGAAAAAUCAGUCCAGUCUACUUAUAUGUGCCUGUGGUCCCACUCCGUUUACUAAUCUAGUUACUCAAUUUGCCAAGGAAUUAGGUCAUUCUGGUAGUGAGUACCAUGCAUUCCAAGGAUGAAGAAGUCCCAAGUGAGCUCAAAACACAAACUAACCGUCUCAGGGAAUACGUCUCACGACUGUGUGGCGGUGGCUCUUUUAUAGAGUAACCACUGUCUAACACUGAAUUCCAGAAUGGACACUAGUCAUCAAUUAUACAUGAACAGCUGAUCAAUUUAUCUACCAUAUUGGUUUAGACAAUCACUGUGACUUGAUGGUUACAUUUACUUGCAGAAACUUUGACAUAUAAAAGUGUGAGAGUUAAGAAUUGACCUGCUUGUGUGUCUGUGGGGUGUCUGUGGGUAUUUUUUCCAAAGUCAGCAGCAAUGUCCAUUGCUAAGGCAUUCAUUUCAGUGUCUCAUAGCUACAUUGUCCUGCUUAAUAUAACUCUUAAAUAAUUGUUUCAUUAGGCAUAAUUUUGUUGGCUACAAAAUAUAAUAGAUUGUAUUACAAGAAUUCACAUUCUUUAAAAAAAGGAGUUUCUUGGUAAUAUUCCUGGAAUUUUUCAGAAAAUAUUAAAGCAGCGUUACUAGAAUGAUGUCAUCUUCUUUACCAUUUUGCUACAUGUUAUUUGAAUAGCAAUUUUUAAAAAAAAAAAAACAUUUUUUUCUUUUUAAAUAUAAAGUAAGAAAAAUAUUCAGUUUGAGUGAAAUGAUGCAAUUAUAAUAAAACGAAAAACGGAAUUCAUUAUAAAUAUUUUUAUGAUUCCAGUUGCACUAAACUGGAAAAGAAGUAGUGUGUGUAUUUUACAGAUAUAUAUUUAUCCUUACAUUGUAUACACUAUCUAUUAAAAAAAGUUUUAUAUACCGUAAAAGAAUUCUUAAAAAAUAUUUUCUGCAAGAAAUUUACACUUUAACAGUAUAAUACAGUGAAAUUAAGACUGCAGAUAUUCUGUUCAUCAUGCAUAGUUUUUCUAUCACUGGAUUUUUUUUUUAAAUUAAACUUCUAAAAUUAUGUAAGAGAUUAAAAUUAUUUUGCUUUAGUCAGAUGUAAAAACCUAUUGUAAUCUUCCAAGUACUUGAAUGUGAUACAAGAAUUUGUAAAUGCAUUGCACUGUAGUUCUGAGCAGUUUCUCGUUUCCAAUAUCUGUGAUAUUAAUAUUAUCUGGUAUUUGUUUACAGACAUUUUCUCAAAAUGUUUAGUUAUAAAGAGAAAAAAAUGUGUGUAGAUACUCUAGACCUUUUGUGUACAAAUUAUGAUUGACAUUAUAAACUAUUUUGAACACCUGUCAUAUACCGUGCCAUUGUACGAGGGUCAGCAAGAUUUUGAGGAGGUUAAAAUUUAACACAAUUGAACUUUUGUAUCUUGAACAUCCAUGGAUAUGUCUAAAGUGAGUUGGAACUCCCAAACGUCUCUUGAUGUAUUUUAUUCUCAAUAUCUUGAAUCCUACAUUAUCUGAUAAAUAUUGUACACAAUGAGUUUGAAGUAACAAGGUUUGACUGUAGUUGAUGUUGUAUUCUUUGAAUAUAAUGCUGGAUAAACUAGGUUUGUAUUUAUACUUUAUUGGUAUGGUCUUCACAAUGUCAAGGCUUCACGAUUAAUACUAAACAUGACUUUGGAAACGAGUUCACUAUUAAAUAGUGAUGUGAUAUGAGUUACUUCCCUUUGCCUGAAAUAGUGUUUUUGUAAGUGUUAAUUCCCCAAUACAAGAAUGGCAUUCUUUCUGUUAUGUUGCAUCCUACUUCCAUUUAGUUGCUCAACUGUUAUUUUUGAUAGAGUUUGUAUAAGCUUUAAAAGAAAUAAGUUUGUUUUGAUGAUUAGUUUGUUUUUUUUUCAUUUUCUUGCACAGAAAAAAAUUCCUACAAUGUAUACUGACACAAAAACUUACUUUUUAUAUAAAUAUUACGAGGUUCUUGCAGUGAUUAAAAAGAUUUUGUAUCUGAAUUUAUGAAUGUUAAAUUCAUUGACGAGUCAUACAUGUAUUUUUUACACUUUGUACACCAUAGUGUUAUUUUUGUUGUUAUAGAAACAUGUUUUUAGUGUUAUUGAAAUUAAAAUACUUAGAUAACA